UACACAGCGGCAUGAUGUGGAGGUUAGUGAGCUGCACACUGUGCCUCUUUGUCUCCUCACAGCUCGGUUUUUGGAGUGUUUGGGUGACAGCAGCUGAGCAGGACGGAGAGGUCAAGAUUGAAGUCUUGUUCAAGCCCGAGGAGUGCACUCAGAAGAGUAAGAGAGGAGACCUGAUGAACGUCCACUACGAUGGCUUCCUCGCCAAAGAUGGCUCUCAGUUCUACUGCAGUCGGUCGAACAAAGCCGGGCACCCUCAGUGGUUUGUGCUGGGCGUCGGACAAGUCAUUAAGGGCCUUGACAUAGGUAUGGAAAAUAUGUGUCCCGGAGAGAAACGAAAAAUAACUGUUCCACCUGCCCUGGCCUUUGGAGAAAAAGGAAAGGAUCCGGUGCCCCCCAAUGCUACAGUGAUCUUUGAGGUGGAGGUCUACUCUGUGUCUCGGGGACCACGCAGCAUGGAGGCUUUCAGUCAGAUAGACCUUGAUAGAGACAGAAGUCUCACAAAGGCCGAGAUAAAAGAAUACUUGAAACUGGAGUAUGAAAAAGGUGGGAAGCCACGCGACGAGCCUUUCUACGAGAAGAUUAUGGCGGAUAUUUUCCGCAAGAAUGACCACGACAGCGACGGACUGAUCAGUGCCAAGGAGUAUAAUAUAUAUGAGCAUGAUGAGCUCUAAUGUCGGAGGCUGGUGAACUUGGCCUUUGUUCUAGUUUGUGUUCUUUUAUCAGUUAGAGAGGCAAUUGAAUAGGUAAAGGAAAAAUCCACCCUCACAUACGCUUACACUGUCUGCUGAUUUUUAUGUGAAAAUAUUGUUAAUAUUACAAUGUUGGCACAAUGUUGUCCACAUUUAAUCAGUCAUUCUUGAGAAUUAUAUUAAAAUACCAAACAUCUAAAUGGGCUGUACAAUAGUGUUGACUGUUUUUAGGGUGGAUUUUUCCUUGGAAAAGCAGACAGUAAGCAACGUUGAGGUAUUUGGAGUCCCCAAGACGUAUUUCCAAGCCAGCAAGCCAGCCUCUCAAUUUUAAUACUAAGUAUUAAACUAUGCAAAAACAUUAACACCUGUGAAAACGUUUGUGAAAAUACCACUAAAUUUUAGCAUUUGAAAUGUUUUAUUCCUGCCUUUUAAGUUUUGUAUUUUGGUAAACCUUGUUUUAGUUCACAGCACAAAUAAGAAAUGGAAGUAAGAUUUCACAAUGUUGUUGAAUCAAUUGCUUAGAAACUUUCAAGUGAGAACAAGUUUGAAUUGUACCACUUUCCUGUGAUUUCCUGCCCUCUAAUCUGCAACAUCACACCAGUGCACGGAUCAAUAUCGAUAGAAGUGGAUCUGUUGAAAAGGUUACUGAAAAUACUUUUUCUUUUCAUCCUGAGAAAGUAGGGUUGUGUAUCGGUAUUUCAUACCUUUAAGAUAUCAACUAAAAUGACCAAAUACCAAGAAGUAUCAAAAUUUCUCCAGCCAGUGAUACCUGCAUCAGAUCUGUUUUGUACCCCGGAUCUAGAAAAAAAAAGUACCCUUUACAGCCAAUCACUGCAAAGGUUCUCAAAUUCAAUGCAAUGUGCGAUCUGCCCACUACUGCACCUAGAACCCACGCCGUCUGUGAUGAGGUCGAGCGGGGUACAUUUGAUGGAGGUGGCAGUUCGGUGUGCUGAGACGUCACUAAAACAUUCAGCAGUUCGUCUUCUCUAUACGCCUGUAGCGUCUAGUAGCAUUUUAAGCAACUGAAUGUUUCCAUUGACACAAUGGGUUUCUAAUGAAGAACUCUAUCUGUAUCAGUAUCACUAUUAAGGGUACUGGCAUUGGUAUUAGUAUUAGAACUUUUUUAAAAAACACCCAACUGUACCAGAUGUUGUGUCUAAUAUAAACAAGCAUUUGUAGCCAUGACUGAGACGCUUGACAAUAACUGAUGAUAAAAAUGUAUAUAUGUGCUGUGGUUUGUCAGACUUUUAUGUGUACUUCUUACUGUGGUCAAAAUCAUGAUUAUGAUUGUAUCCAGUUGAACAAUUGUUGCGGCCCAUUUAGUAACACAAUUAAAAACACCAUAAUGUAUAUCAUGUCAUUUGUAAUUGAGAUUUUCCUCCUUCGUUGAAACCAUGGAUCCAGAUUAAGAUUAAAUUAAAGAUCUAAAGAGAUUUUCCUCUGAAGUUCAAGCUUCAGGGUGUCUUAUAUGUAACAGACCUCAAAAAUUUUUAGUGUGAAAGUGUAUUUCUGAUUAAAUUUUCCAUGCAGGUGUGAUUUUCUGGCCAGAAAUGAUUCUUAUGUCAAU